CAUGUUAGAAAAGUGCUCCAACUUAAUAUUGUGGCGGGAGGGGGGUAUUUCGAAUACCUCUUGUCCUAUCAUUUAAGCUGCUACACAUCACAAAGCCUUCGUUCACCCCCUCAGAGGAAAUAUUGCUGCAGUAUCUUAGUGAAGAUGCUGAAUGCAGUGCCGCAGACUCUUCAUCAAAACUGCUCAAUAAACCAAUCUGUUUUGGCAUCAAAUUAUCUCACUGCCUACACAUCUGUUAAAGAAAACCUGGCAAAUCAUUCCGUUGUGGGAUUUCGUUCUGAAGGGAAAGUUUGUAAUCUUUUGGCUAAUGGUGUAAUCGAGGUCCUCAGUAUAAAAAUUGCUGCUGUAUAUGAAGUUGUCGCAUUGGUGGAAAAGCUGCUCCGAUUAAACUCUAUUGUUGGAGUUAAAAGAUUA